GGCGACCACGAGAGAGAUGGAAGAAUUUCUGGAGGAACAUCGUCACAAAUAUGAGCCCUCGCAGCAUUGGCGGGCACGAAAACAGUUCAUGAUCAACAACUGGGAGCGCUACUCUGGAAACCAGUUGGUUUCCUUGUCCAUGGUGUGGUCAAAUGUGGAGUUUGAUGGAGCAACGUAUCCCUCAGAGUUGAUGAUCAGAGUCAAGAUGAUGGCUGAAGGAAUCACAGUGGAUGAAUAGCCAUGACAGCAUAUUAAAUUGCGAAACAUGAUAGUGACUUAAAGUGACAUCAGCAAGACGUCGUACGACAUGACCUCAUAUUUCCCUGUUUUGAAAAUGGCAAAGUUACACUCGGAAAAGCAGUCCCUUUUUAGCUGUCACCCCUUCACAAAGAUGAAAAAACGAUAGAACAGUCAAUGCCAUUAAAACUCUUUGUCUGGUGUUCUUUUUGUUGAAGAUAUCCACCCGAAUUGAUGGCCAGAGUGCAGGAAAUGGGCCAAGGGAUAACGUUAGAUGAGCCAGCAGCCCCAGUUGUACGUGAACCGCCCAAAGUCACUGUGAGCAAACCCAAAGAUGAACCCCAGAGCAAACCCGAAUCCCUGCUCCAGUUGAAUCCACUAACCAAGAGAAGCUACGAAGAGGAUAGUGCUCUGAAUAACAAGGCUCAGAAGACACAGAGUGGACAGAGUGCAAAGGAGCGAGCAAUCUCUGGAUAUGAUGCCCGGCUUGGACAGAGAGGUGGCGCUAGCCAAUCAGCAGCAUGGAGCCAGCCUUCCCAACGGGGGGCGGGGCCUGCCGGGUACGAUAAGGUCAUAGCCGACUUGGCAUACAACCUGAAGAAACAAACCAGCACCAGCAACCGUGGUGGGUCAGCACUAAACAAGCUUCACAACGCCGGCCUGCGGCUGUCUCUGAGACCGGAGGUGGAGUACAUUGAAAUCCCACCCCCUCACCUGCCUCAUGCCAGAAGGGGACGGGGAAAGAGUCCCCUGGACAACCCGACGUGGCUGUGCAACCUGUACAUGGGAGACACACUCCUGGCCAGUGUUGAGGCCAAGAACAAGCCCGAUUCCAAAACAGCUGCUGCAGAGAAAGCCGUGCUCCUCUUGGAGGGUUCAGGGUUCGCCGUCCAGAACGUCAACAAGCAGAGCAAACAUGGCAGGAGCUACUAUAAAGAGGUCGUCCCGCAUGAUCGGCAACUCAACUCCCAGACCUUUCCGGUGAACAAGCAGAAUAAGUGCGGCGCACCACCGCCGACGUGGACAUUGGAAAACUUUGUCUUGAUGGAGCCUUCUAAAGCGGUGCCUGCCACGAGCAUCCUGAUCAACUCUGCGCAGAGUAACCAUGUCCCGAUCCUGUUUGAAACAUCUGAAGAUAUCCGGACUGUUGGCGGCAAAUCUGGAUUCGAGUGUACAACCAUCAUUAAUGGCGUGACGGUCUGUGGUGGUCUGCACAUGAACAAGCGUGAGGCAAGAAAUGUGUCGGCCGAGAAUGCUCUGACGUUGCUACGCAAGACCUGCCCUGUCCUCAGGAAGAACCUCCACAUGGCCCAAGGCAGUGCCAUCAAACGGAAUGAGCUUGCUAAAGGUCAGGUGUCCCUGCCCCCCAAGAAAGCCAGUGCCAUCGAAGACACCAACCUGGGUCACAAGAUGCUGAAGAUGAUGGGCUGGAGCGGAGGAGCCCUGGGCAAGGAUGGUAUCGUGGAGCCCAUCCAAGCCAGCGAGAAGUUCACCCGGGAGGGCCUGGGUUACACCGUGGCAGUCCCCAAGAACAGCACCAACGAGAUCGACAUGAAGGCAGUCCGCAGGAUCCUGGAAGACUAUGUGCAUUCGGGAAGACGGGACGACCUCAUCUUCACUUCGGAACUGUCCUCCGAGGAGCGGAAGGCCAUCCAUCAGAUCUGCAACCGCUUCAACCUGAAGAGCAAGUCACACGGCUCAGGGAAAAAGCGCUACUUGGUUGUCAAUCAGAAAAGGAAAUUGAACGAGCUGGUGCAGGAAAUAGCUGAAAGUGGGGGAACCUGUGGGCAAUAUGAGCUUCUUACUCCUGGCAAGAGUAAAAUGUGACAUGGUAUGUCCAAAUCAGGCACAUCUAGAUAAAUUUAAGUUUCAUUUUUGCAGUGUUAAACGACAACAUCCAUCACUUUUUGACAUUAUUGUUCUGCCUGAUUUGGAUGUACAAUGUAACACAUUUUAAAUGUAAUCUUCAACAUAUUUUUACAAAUGUACU